AUGUUUGAGAAUGAUUCAAAAAUUCAAAGAAAUAGCUUGAUUCAACUUUGGAUGGCUCAAGGACUACUCCACCCUUCGCCUGGUGAAAGUAAAGAUAUGAAGAUCAAAGGCAAUGACUCACCUGGUGAAAGUAAAAAUACGGAGGACAUAGGCAAUGAAUAUUUUGAUAUUCUAUUGCAGAGCUCCUUAUUUCAAGAUGCUAUAAUGGAUGAUUAUGGCAUUAUUCAGGAAUGCAAGAUGCACGAUCUUGUGCAUGAUCUUGCAGAACUUGUAUACAAAUCCGAAAGCUUGACAAGUUACUUAAGUGUCAUAGAUAAUACACUUGAGGCUUUACAUGUCUUAAAAUUUAGUAAUAUUGAAGAAUUUCCAGAUUCAAUUGGUAGGUUGAAGCAUUUGAGGUAUCUUGACAUUUCCAAAACAUUCUUUGAAGCACUCCCCAAGUCUAUAGGCAAGCUCUAUAACCUUCAGACGUUAAGAGCAACUAAAUGUGCCCUUAAAGAGUUUCCAAAAGAACUACUAAACUUGAUCAACCUAAGGCAUAUUCAUUUUGGUGAGAGAACGAAACUCCCACAAGGGAUAAGGCAGUUGACUUGCCUUCAAACAUUAUCUUACUUUUCAUUGGGUAAUGAGAUUGGUCGUCAAAUCGAAGAGUUGGCUAGCUUGAAUCAAUUGAGAGGUGAAUUAAUCAUUUGUGAUCUGGAGCACGUAGGGAACAGAGAAGAAGCAGAGAAAGCUAAGUUAGAGGAAAAGACGAAAGUAUGCCAUUUGACAUUCCAAUGGACGAGAUAUAGGUUAAUAACUGACAACAAUAAGGACAAUGAUGUAUUGGAAGGCUUACGACCGCAUCCUAAGUUACAGAGCUUAAGUAUUGUAAACUUCAUGGGCGAUAAGUUUCCAUUGUGGAUGAUACGUGGCUCACUAUUGUUUGAGAAUUUGAGGAAGAUUAUGUUACGUGGAUGCAACAAAUGUGACGAGGUCCCACCGCUCGGUCAUCUACACAGUCUUACAGAGCUUAGUAUUAUCGAAAUGGCUAACUUGAAAUAUGUUGGCGCUGAGUUCUGUAGUUCUCUUGAAAGAUUGCUUAUUGAAAAUUGUCGGAAGCUAAGGCAUUUGCCGGAUGGGCUGCACGCAUUCCCUCUCCUUAAGUACAUGGAUAUAUCAGAAUGUUCUACUCUAGAGUUGAUUCCAAUUACACAGGGCCUUAAGUACAUGCAUAUAUCAAAAUGUCCUAGUCUAAAGUCGAUUCUGAUUACACAGGACAUGACAUCUCUACAAACAUUAAAGAUUGAAGAUUGUGAAAGAUUGUCAGGCCUACCGAGUGGGUUAGACUACUGCACCUCUCUUUGCGAGUUGGAUAUUUCAGAAUGCCAUGGAUGA